AUGGGAAUUUACAUCAUAAAGUCAAGAGAUACCAAUGGCAGCCCUGAGGACAUCGGGAUAGUCCUUGAAGGCCAGAGAGUCUGGCAGGAUUUGGAUAACUAUACCCUAGCAGCUGCAGUGCUGUUUGGACUAAUGUACACUUUGAACCUCACCUACCCACUGGAAAAUGUUGACAGGACUUUGCUGCUGAGGUUGGUCCACUGCUGUGCUAUAGCCCAGCUGUGGGCAUCAGCAGGCCUGCAGAGGGCUCUGCAGCACAGGCUGGAUCUGUCCUGCUCCUCCUUUAUGGACCUGGAACAGGAGGAGCAGAGAGAAGCUUUGAGACUGACGGCUGCUGACUGCCGGGCCCUCUCCACCGUCCUGGGGCACAGCAGCCAGGAGACACAGCUCGACCUCAGAGACUGUGAGGUGGAUGACUUCGGGCUGGACCUGCUGCUUCCUGUUCUGGACAGAGUCCGGCUCAGAGCCAGUAAAGCCGUCCUCCUGCAGCUGGUGUCCCUGAUCCCUCUGCACAGUCAGAGGGACUCGCUCAAACGUGCACCGUCUCUGUGGAGAGCUCUGGAUGGAGAACUGGACCUCAGUCACAGCACACUGGAUCAGUGGACCUGCAGCUCUUUGGCUCUGCUGCUGGACUCAUCUGAAGGUCUGACAGAGCUGGACCUGAGUCACUGUGAGCUCACUGACCAGCUGCUACACACACUGAUCCCACAGCUGCACUAAGUCCAAGUCCUGGAUCUGAGUCACAAUCAACUGACCAAUGCCUCCACCAACAUGUUACUCCACCUGACCUCCACCAGGUCCUCCAUUCAAUC